AUGAAGUGGUGCAUAAAUGUGGUUGGUGAAGCCAAAAUCAACUUUUGCUUCUCAGUUUUACAGCCAACUGCAGGGUUCCAUCACUUUAAAGGUGGUGUUGCUAAGCUGAAGCAGGUGACUGGAUGCAUGCACCAUGAUGUCCAAUGUUACAUUGUUGGUGUUAUCAUUGGAGCAGCCCCUCCCAAAAUUAUUACUGCUAUUCAUGUGCUCAUGGACGUCCAAUACUGA